AUGUCAACACGCCGCUACCGAUCGGCUGCUGCUUGUCAAAAUUGCCGGCAGCGCAAAAUCCGCUGUAGCAUGACAGUGACCGGUAUCCCGUGUAUAGGCUGUACGCAAGAUGGCAGAGAAUGUAACCUUCAGCCGACAAAAACCCAAAUAGACAGAAUACGCGAGAGACAUACACGUCAAACUGCAUCAACUAUUAGCAGCCCGGCUAACACAAAUUCCAAUGGGGCAAUCCCCCGGUCUUCGGUUCCACUUGAUGCAUUUCCAAAUGCAUCCCUUUCGCAUAAUGUAGAUCGCCCUGAGCUGGCUGGCAUGAGAAGUGUCUCUAAUCCCCCAGAUUAUUCUCAGCGUCGAGACGAAGAGCAGACUGGAGUCGAAAUUGCCACCAAAGUCCUUGGGAGAAACAACAAAACUGGCCAAGCGCCAUUCUAUACUGGCGAUUCGCCUGGGUUUGGUGUUGUAUUUGAUAUAUUCUCGCCUUCGCAGCAGCCUUUACCAAGGCAUAUCCUGCUCACUUCCAAAACAUCGGUCUCGCUAUCUCCCGAGGAUAAAGAAUAUCUGCAGUACAAGGGAGUCUUCAAUAUGCCCCGAAAAGAAACCUGCGAUGAACUUCUGCGGGCAUACUUUCAUCAUGUGCAUCUCAUUAUGCCACUGAUUGACGCUGCUACGCUGCCACAUCUUUAUCCCAGUGGAGACGGCCAACAAUACAAUUUGAUACUACUGUGGAGCAUUUUCUUUGUAGCGGCGAAUCAUGUUUCGGUUGAUACUUGGAAAUCAGAAGGCUUUUCAUCCAGGAAAGAGAUGAAGGACUCCAUGUACUCUCGCGCAAAGUGCCUACACCAUAAUGGAGGUGAAACAGACCAGACGGUCCUCCUUCAAUCAACACUCCUCUUGGGAUUUUACCACUCAGAAGCUGAUACGCACAUACAACCAUGGCAUUGGCUAGGUAUUGCCAUCAGUCUUUGCCAAGCAAUAGGUCUUCAUCGUUGCUCCGCUGCAGUCUGCGCCAGUUCACCUAUCUCUGGACAACAACAGCGUCUUUGGCGCCGUCUUUGGUGGAUCUGCUUCUUUCGAGACCGUUGGCUAAGUCUCACAAUGGGGCGUCCAUUGAGAAUCAACGUGAAUGACUGUAAUACCGUGAUGCCAUCUGCAGAUGAUAUGUUGAGUGAUUUUUCCGGAUUGCCUGAAUCAAUAUCGGCAGCAUAUAUCCCGAAGGACCUGCCGCAGCUGGCGGAAUAUUGGGUGACAAUGAUCCAACUCACUCAGCUUUUGGGAGACACUCUCACUUUGAGCUACCAACCCUUUGGAACCAGUUCGUCCUUCCAGCAGGUCGAAACCCUUGAGCAAAGCAUUUUGCGCUUUCAACUCCCGAAAAAUCAGGAUACAGGACAAACAUUCAUUAUCACCUUUUACCGUCCUUUCAUUACAAAGACACCGGAAGGGCUGCCCGUAUCUCGCCAGAACACAUGGCAAACUCACGUCCGAAGCCAAAUCGUCAUGGCUGCGAUACAGACCAAUGCCGUCCUCGACAGCCUAGUACGCGAGAAGCUGCUGGGGUUCUCGGGUCCUAUGACGCCACCGCUGUUAGUCCCAGUAAUGCACGUCCACCUCCUCAACUGCAAAUCUCCCGACCCCCUUUCCCGACGCCUGGGCCUCAACAAAAUAGAGCUAUGCAUGAUGGCUUUGGAACAGAUGCAACACACUCACCCCUCCUCAUCAGUCUUCAGAGGUAUCUUCCUAGAAGCUAUCCGUCACAAUUUUCCAAGCUAUGUGACCCAAUCAACUAUCCCUGAGCUGGCUAUGUCUGAGUCUUCUCCAUUGCAGGAUGUCUCGGCAGAUGACCCCAUGGCAGGAAUAACAAUCGGCAAGGAUACCAUUGAGUCGCUGAUGGAUGAGGUAUCGAUUUUCAAUAUCUGGGAGUCACUUAACAGCAUGCAAACAUAG